ACUGCAGCUUUAAAGUGCCCACAUGCUAUUCAGCAUUUCCGACAGCACUUGAACGCAGCAGCAGCAGCAGCACUCCGCCACUGAGCUGAACAACCUGCGUCUGUCUGCAGGGCCCAGCUGCUCAUCAUGGACUGAUGAUGAGACAAACACAGCAGAAACACCGUGGCACUAACUCUGACUGCUGCUGUUUCAUGUCAGGAGUGACCGGUGGGAUCAGGAGGUUUGGUUCAGAUCUGCAGACGCUUCAAGGAGCAGGUGCGCUGCCGGGUUGCUGUCUUUAAGUCGUUUUUGUCUCAAAGGGUUACACACUCUGGGAGGCUGCUCCGCUGCUGUUUGUUGUCACUUCCGCUCGAGCAGUCCGUGAAUUAGCAAGAUCACAAGAAGAAGUUGAUCAGCAUCGAUGCUCCGUGCAGGCAGGAUGGAGGAGUUUGUCACGGAGGAAGAGGAGCCAUGGUACGACCAGAGGGACCUGGAGCAAGACCUGCACUUGGCAGCCGAGCUCGGCAAGACCCUUCUGGAACGCAACAAGGAGCUGGAGGACUCUCUACAACAGAUGUACAUCAACAAUGAGGAGCAAGUGCAAGAGAUAGAGUACCUGUCCAAGCAGUUGGAAAUGUUGAGGGAGAUGAACGAGCAGCACGCAAAGGUGUACGAACAGCUGGAUGUGACCGCCAGAGAGCUGGAGAUCACCAAUGAAAAACUGGUGCUGGAGAGCAAGGCCUCGCAGCAGAAAAUAGACAGGUUGACAGGCACCAUGGAGACCUUGCACGGUCAGGUGGACAGCCUGACGGGUCGGGUGGAGGAGCUGCGGACUCUGGAGGAGCUGAGGGUCCGCAGAGAGAAGAAGGAACGGCGCAAGACUGUGCACUCGUUCCCCUGCCUCAAAGAGCUCUGCACUGCGCCAAGGUAUGAAGAUGGUUUCCUGUUGGCCAACCCGGGUAGUGUGGACCUGGCUGAGACCCGACCAGUGGAUGAGGAGAAUGAGCGCCUGAGAGACAUUGUCUCCUCCCUGCGCUCAACUGUGGCCACAGAGCGGUCCCAGAGGGAGGACGCCGAGCGGGAGUGUUCCGCCGUGCUGCAGGAGUUUGAGCGUCUGGAACAGCGUCUCUUAGGAGCAGAGGGAUGCCAGCUGCGGGUUCAGGAGCUCGAGGCCGAGCUCCAGGAGAUGCAGCAGCUGAGGAAGUCCAGGGUGUGUCUGAUCGGGGACAUGGAAGACGGCCUAGAGACGCUGCUCAGGAAUGGCCCUGAGACGGACACCCCAGAGGAGGGCAUAGGACUGGAGGAGGGAGGUGAUGGAGAUGCUGGAGAGGCGGGGGGCGCAGGGCAGCAGGGAGGCCCCGUGAGGAAAAGCUGCAGCGACACAGCUCUGAACGCCAUCUCAGCCCGCGACGCCUCAGGUAGGCGUCAGGGCAGCUACGCCCUCCAUGCCAACGGCGUGCGCAAGCGCGGCAUGUCCAUCCUGCGGGAGGUGGACGAGCAGUACCACGCCCUGCUGGAAAAGUACGAGGGGCUGCUGGGGAAGUGCCGGCGUCACGAGGAGAGCCUGUGCCAUGCCGGGUCGCAGACCUCGCGGCCCGUCUCCAGGGAUCCCUCCAUGAAGGAGUACAGCAUGAUCUGCGCGGGGCCUUCGACACAGGGGGCUGUCGCCGCCCCUCCCACGCCCCCUCAAACUCCCUCCACACCGGAAGCCCUGGAGGGGAUCAGCAGGCAGGUGGAGCAGGUGGACAAACGUCUCAGCCAGAACACGCCGGAGUACAAGGCCCUGUUCAAAGAGAUCUUCUCCCGCUUACAGAAGACCAAGAGUGACAUGGGCUCCACCAAGAGCAAAAAGAGUAACAAAUGAGCUACUGAUGCAGGUAAUACAUGCACUGAAAACAGACUGCACAAGGUUAAGUUAAUUUACCUUUUUGAAGACUUCUCGUCUUACAUUUGACCACUUAUGGCUCUAUGGGUGGAUGCCAGUAGUCACGGAAGUUGGGUAAUUAAUGAUGCAUAUUGUUAGCGGUGGAUGGCUGAUUAAUCUGAAACUGCCAAAUAUAUUUGACGACACGGGUCGUGAAUGUGGUCAUCAAGAUCGUUGAUGUGGAUGAAAUGCCUUUUUCUGAGUGACCAUAACAGACAAAUAAUCAGAAGGAUGGGGUUUGUUUUGGUCUUAGGACAGUCUAGUGUGUGGUGUAGUAUUUGUAAUUGAUGUACUGAUAGAGAAAUUAUUUAACUAUUAUUUUUUAUUAAUGUAAAACAAUAAUUAAGCCAAAUAAUUAUUAUAUUAAAAAAAAUAAGCCAUUGGCUUUGAAACUGCUUAUGGCAUUUGAAGCAUGUAUCUGUCUAAUAAACACUAAGUGCUAAAUAAGUCUUUAAAAGCAGGUAGAAACUAAAAUCACACAAGCUUUCAACCAGCUUGAGGUUGCUUAAAGACGCAACAGAGUGAUAUUUGACUGUGUGUGUGUGUGUGUGUAUUUUGAAUUAGUUGGCUGGUACAAAUCCUUCAAGACUGCUGCCAAAUUGUACUGUGCAUAUGUGUUUGAUUUGUUUACUUACAUGGGUUAUUAUAAGUUAUCUGGAGAAGGAGAUGAGAUGCCUCUGUGGGGUUUUUACAGCAUGCAUUACGAGCCACAGGGGAAUGGUCUGUUUCAGGGAUUCUUAUGAUCAUUACAGACAUGACGACAUAAUCAGUUCUACGCUGUGCUACGACAUUGUCAAAGUUGUUCUUGUAGGUCAUUCAAAUUGUUUUCUGUUGAUUAAAAUGAGAAAUGUAUCGA